GAGGAGAAAAAAGAAGCAGCGGCGGCGGCGGUGAUUCACCUUCUGAAACAAACAGGAAGAAGUACCGCGCGCUCCUGUCCACCUGCGAGAUCUGUUGUCCUGCGCGAGGAGCGAGAGAAGAGAGAGAGACACGCGCGCGCGAAUCUACUCGGAAGACGGCACUAUUAACUUUCAGCUGGUUGGUGGUCCGCUCCUCUCUUCGCCGACCUUAAAGAUGCAGUGUCCCGGCCGCCGCUAUCCAGACACACCCAGCGAGGAGCAGAGGCACAGGAAAUAAGAGACUUUAGGAAUCAGCAGGUCCUUAUGGUUGAGGUGGCGUGCGGUGCCCCUUGCCAUGCCUCCGCCAUGACGGACCUCCUGGACAUCUGGGCGGCCCAUUCGCCCCUGGCCGGCCACGCUCCGGACCAGGUCACCGUGGACUUCCUGCUGCCCACCGGUAUCUACAUCCAGAUGGACGUCCCGCGCGAGGCCACCGUUCAGCACAUCAAACUGCUCUUAUGGAAGCAGGCUCAGUCCUUCCCACUGUUUCCCUCCCUGGGCGAGAUGGAGAGCCACAUGUUCGAGUGCGUCAACCAGGCCGCCGUGCACGAAGAGCUGGAGGACGAGACGCGCCGGCUCUGCGACAUUCGGCCUUUCCUGCCGGUCCUCAAGCUGGUGACGCGCAACUGCGGCCGGGCGGAGCGCCUGCUGGACUCCAAAAUCGGCGUGCUCAUCAGCAAGGGCCUCCACGAACUCGAUGCCAUAAAGGACCAGGAGGUGAAGGAUUUCCGCAGCAAGAUGUUUCGCCUCAGUGAAGAGAGGAUGCAACGGGUCCAGAUGAUGACGUGCACGGAGUGGCUGCAGGCCUGCUUCUCCCCGCAGCUGGAGCCGCCGGCGGGCGCCGCCAUCACCAACGGGCUCAACGACCGGCCGGCCGACCUGAAGAUCAUCAUCCACUUCGACCAGUCUCAGGACUCGGCCAGUCUGAAGGUGCCGACGUCCUGCGUCCCCUCUGAGCUGAUGGAGAUGGCCCUGAAGAAGUGGCUGACCACCCACGGGCCCGAGGAGGAGGAGGCGUGGCGGGGUCAGUACGUGCUGAGGGUCAGCCACUGUCUGGAGUUCCUCUGCGGAGACCAGCCGCUGAUCGAGUACAAGUACAUCCGCACGUGCAUGCAGGCCAAGGAGUCCCCGCACCUCACCCUGGUCCACACCAGCACCGUCCAGGCCAUGUUCGACAAGGAGAUCUCCACCAUCGGCGCUGUGGUCGGCCGCAAGUCCUCCAACCCGCCUCUACCGCUGCCUCCCAAGAGAAGGGUCCCCGCGCAAGUACAGACGUGUGUGUGGGACGUGUCCAGCCCGUUCAAGAUAGUCCUCGUGAACGGCAGCAAGGUGAACGCCGAGGAGACGGCCAAGGUCCAGGUGAGGGCGGGGCUCUUCCACGGCACGGAGCUGCUCUGCAAGCCGGCGGUGAGCAGCGAGAGCAGCGGCCGCUCGGACCACACGUGGAAAGACAGCACGCUGGAGUUCGACCUCUCCGUCUGCGACCUGCCGCGCAUGACCCGCCUCUGCUUCGCCAUCUACGCCAUCAUGGACAAGGUCAAGAAGCAGAAGUCCACCAAAAACGCCCACAUAAACAAGUACCAGACCAUCCGCAAAGCCGGGAAAGUGCACUACCCGAUAGCGUGGGUCAACACCAUGGUGUUUGACUACAAAGGCCAGCUGAAGACCGGAGACAUCAUCCUGCACUGCUGGUCGUCCUUUCCUGAUGAACUUGAAGAGAUGCUGAACCCCAUCGGAACCAUCCAGACCAACCCGUACACCGAGAACGCCACGGCGCUGCACAUCAACUUCCCAGAGUACUCGCCGCACUCCAUCGUCUUCCCGCCCUUCGACAAGAUUUUGGAGAAAGCUGCAGAGAUCGCCAGAGCAAGUGACUGCGUAUCCAUGGGUCGCGGCGGGAAGAAGUUCCACAUCGAGCUGAAGGAGAUCAUGGAGCGCGACCCGCUCUCCCAGCUGUGCGAGAACGAGAAGGAUCUGAUCUGGACGCUGCGCUACGACUGCAGAGAGAACUUCCCCCAGUCGCUGCCCAAGCUGCUGCUCUCCGUCAAGUGGAGCAAACACGAGGACAUGGCGCAGCUCCAGGCCCUUCUUCAGGUCUGGCCCAAACUGAGUCCCAGAGACGCUCUGGAGCUCCUGGACUUUAACUACCCUGACCAGUAUGUCAGAGAGUAUGCAGUGGGCUGUCUGCGUGACAUGAGUGAAGAGGAGCUGUCUCAGUACUUGCUACAGUUGGUGCAGGUGUUGCGCUACGAGCCGUACUACGACUGCGCCCUGACCCACUUCCUGCUGGAGCGCGCCCAGGGGAAUCGCAAGAUAGGACACUUCCUCUUCUGGCACCUGCGGUCGGAGAUCCACAUGCCGGCUGUUUCGGUCCAGUUCGCCCUCAUCCUGGAGGCCUACUGCAGAGGCAGCAUCCCUCAUAUUGAGAUUCUAAAGAAACAGGUGGAAGCCCUGAGCAAGCUGAAGUCGGUGAACGAGCUCAUCAAGCUGGGAAGCCUCAAGACCGCUCGGAGUAAGACCAAGGAGGCCAUGUUGACCAAAGAGGCCAUGAUGACGUGUCUGAGGCAGAGCGGCUACUCGGAGACGCUGUCGGACCUUCACUCUCCUCUGAACCCCAGCAUCCUGCUGUCGGGCAUCAAUGUGGAGAGGUGUCGGUACAUGGACUCCAAGAUGAAGCCACUCUGGAUUGUUUACAACAACAAGCUGCUGGGCGGAGACACGCUGGGAAUCAUCUUCAAGAACGGAGACGACCUGAGGCAAGACAUGUUGACCCUCCAGAUUUUGAGGUUGAUGGAUCUGCUGUGGAAAGAGGAGAAUCUGGAUCUCAGAAUCGUACCGUACGGUUGCCUAGCAACGGGCGACCGCUCGGGGCUGAUCGAGGUGGUCUCGUCCGCCGACACGAUCGCCAACAUCCAGCUGACCAGCAGCAACGUGGCGGCGGCGGCCGCCUUCAACAAGGACGCCCUGCUGAACUGGCUCAAGGAGAGGAACACCGGGGAUGCUCUUGAGCGAGCCAUCGAGGAGUUCACUCUGUCAUGUGCAGGCUACUGUGUAGCCACCUACGUCCUGGGCAUCGGAGACCGCCACAGCGACAACAUCAUGGUCCGCAGCACCGGACAGCUCUUCCACAUCGACUUCGGUCACAUCCUGGGCAACUUCAAGUCCAAGUUCGGCAUCAAGAGGGAGCGGGUACCGUUUAUCCUGACGCACGACUUCAUCCACGUCAUCCAGCAGGGCAAGACCGGAUACACCGAGAAAUUUGGCAGUUUCCGUCUGUACUGUGAGGAAGCCUAUCUGAUCCUGAGGAAGAACGGGAACCUCUUCAUCACCCUGUUUGCCCUCAUGCUGACCGCUGGCCUACCCGAGCUCACCUCCGUCAAAGACAUCCAGUACUUAAAGGACUCUCUGGCUCUGGGUAAAACCGACGAGGAUGCGCUGAAGCAGUUCCGCCAGAAGUUCGACGAGGCGCUGAGAGAAAGUUGGACAACCAAAGUCAACUGGAUGGCCCACAAUGUGGCCAAAGACAACCGCUCCUAGAGCAGCUUGACACCACUCAGGGGGUCCUGGGGGGUCCCAAGAGGGCCCAAGAGGACCCAGGAGGACUCGCUGAAGUGAGCGUACGAGUGCGCCGCAGAGGAGCCCGGUGUGUCGGCCACCCUCAUCUGAAGAAGGGAAUCUAGCCGGAACAUACCAAACGCGAGCAGAGCCCCCCCUCUCCUCCCUCUCUCACGCUCUGAGCCACGCCCGCCUCCUCGCCUCGCUGCUGCAUGGCGCCUCCUGACAACAAGCACACAAAAACAAUCCCAGCUUCACGGUCUCGUGACAUUUCGGUGGAAUCACGGUGGGUGAAAGUCGUUUUGCACGUUUUGCACAGGCACGGCAACAGGCAGCCAAAGGAAGGGAACUGAAGCAUCCACUCUGCGCACACACACACGCACGCACACACACACACACACACACACACACUAAUAUGAACGAGCGGCCCCCACGGAGCGGGGCUGACGACACCAAAAAUAAUAAUCACGUUUUGGGGUGGAAGACUUUUGUCCGACGGACUUGAAACCGGGGCUUGUGUGGACUCUGAGGGGGCGCUUGGUUAGACCACGCCCCCAGAACUGCUUCAAGUACAGCAGAGCGAGUAGGUGGGUGGAAAAGACGAACACCGCCCCCCCCCCCCCCCCCCCAUGUCUUAAAGCGAUGUGCACACCGCCCACAAGAAGUGCGUCUCACCGCCCCUCGCUCCCGCUGCCUCAGUGUGCCUCAAAACUGCGGGAAGAUUGUAUUUUUUUUGUAUAUAUUUUUAUUAUUUUUUGCUAUUUAAGAAUUUUAUCGCGUGGCUUCUCACGUGCUACUCUACUAGUCCACAGAGGAAACUUGUGUCGGGGAAAUAAUAAUGGCGAGAGAAGGAUCGACUCCCGGAGCCCCUUUUUAAUCGGGCCGCUGUUUGAAUCUCGCUCAUUUUGAACACUGGCAAUGUUCAGACGGAAAGAACAUUUCAAAAACGGUCUUUUAAUGGACUAAACACUUUAUUUUGUAGUGUAUUUUAUUUUGGAAAACGUGCAUUGUUCCUUUUCAACGUUUUCAAAUCGAGAGCAUUAUUGGACAACGUGUUACCGCCUGUGAGUUAUCGCUCGCCGACUCGUCUUAAGGUCCACAGAGGACGUGGUGGGCCUUAUUUUUAUUUUUUUAAAGCGCCGUCCCACCCCUGAGGAGUAACCGAUGCUUUUCUCUCUUCUUUUUUUAAGAUGUUAGGACCAAAAGAAAAGAAAAAACAACCCCAAAAAAAGCGAUCGUUUCAUCGUUCACAUUGUUUUUAAUUAUCUGCGUCUGAAUCGAAUGUGAAAUCAUGUGCCGCUCUCUUUUUAAGUGUAUUUGUUUUUAUACGAGCAGGUGUGGGCGGGGUCAGGGGUCGGCGUGGGCGGGGUUUUACCAGGAGGGACAUUACACUGCGAUGCAAAAAGCUACUUCCUCGUCUCGACAUACGAUGCUCCUCAGCAUCCGCAUCUGUGUUUUGAUUUUUCGUGCAAUAUCCGAGUAUAUGAACCAUAUCCUGUCGUACAGAACGAUAACGGUGGUGUGCGCGUUGCAGCUGGACUUCGCACCGCCGGCCUUCAAAGAGUCAAAAAGUCUCAGACACUGGAUAUUGUCAAAUGUACAGGCUUUUAUUGUUUUGCUGGUUUUUGUUUUGUUUUCAUAGGAGUUUUUAUUAAAGUUAUUUUCCACCUUGCUGCA